UCAAAGACAUUCUAAGGUUAUUGUGACUUGUUCACUUCUAAUAAAUAAUUAAAUAUUAGACUUUUUUUUUGCAAUUUGGGUUGAAAUAGCCAGCCAAAUACCAGAAGAGUAUAUCCGGCAUUGUAUGCUUUUUGAGUUUCGCAAGAGUAGUAACGCAACAGUUGCGACCAAAAACAUUUACGAUGUUUCUCCAAGUGCAUUAGACGUUCAUAAAUGCCAAAGAUGGUUCUCUAAGUUCAGAUCCGAUAAUUUUGAUCUCUCUGACUUCUAUCGAUCAGGAAGACCAACAACAUUAGACAACGACAUGCUAAGGGCAGAAGUGGAAGCAAAUCCAUGUCAGACAAUCGAGAAACUCUUAAACACCCUUAAUCAACCUUGGUCGACCAUCUAAGAACAUUUGCAGGAAAUUGGAAAAAUAAGCAGAGCAGGUGUUUGGGUCCCCCAUAAUCUGUCCGAAAAGAACAAAGCCAACCGAUUCAUCACAUGCAACGUAUAGCUUCAACGGCACCAUACAGAACCGUUUUUUGAUCGCUUGAUCACUGGAGACGAAAAAUGGGUCCUAUAUGAUAAUUCAAAACACAAAAGGCAGUGGCUCUCUCCAAAUGAAUCACCACGAAGUACUGCGAAGCCGGGUUUACAUCCCAAAAAGGCGCUUCUGUGUGUUUGGUGAAGUAUACGCGGAAUUGUUCAUUUUGAAGUGCCGAAAUCUGGACAAACUGUUAAUGCAGAUCUUUAUUGUGAACAAUUGGAUCGAGUGAACUAAUCUUUAAUCGAAAAGUAUCCGGCGAUUGUCAACAGAAAAAGCGUUAUUCUGCAACACGAUAAUGCAAGACCGCAUUGUGCAAGACGAACCUUGGAAAAAAUUAAUGAAUUGGGGUAGGAGGUACUGCCUCACCCAUCAUACUCGCCCGAUAUCGCAUCCUCGGAUUUCCAUUUAUUUCGAUCGCUACAACAUUUUCUUAGUGGCAAAAAAUUUGAAAAUUU